AUGCGCCCCUCCAUGCGCCCCUCCAUGCGCCCCUCCAUGCUCCCCUCCAUGCGCCCCUCCAUGCGCCCCUCCAUGCCCUGCAGCUAUCUGGCCAACAACCGUCUGAGUGGCAGUCUGCCGUCUGCCAUCAGUCGCUUGGAGAAUCUCCAACAGAUUCGUGAGGAGCGUGUUGCGCAGCAGGGGAGGCAAGGGGAUGUGCAUGGCAGCAGCGUAGUGGGGCAUGAGGGGGGCAGCCUGGCGUUGCCUCAGUGUAGUGGCUCUUCCCCAAGCUUGCAUUCUCUCGCUCCCUCUUUCCCGCACCCACCCCCCCACUUCACGUGCACCCUUCCAUGUUGUGUUGAGCGGUUCACUUGUCUUCUGGGACACGCGAGGAUCUUGAUUAUCCCACCCCAUGCCUACAUGUGUGCCAAGCUGUCCGCCCUGCCGAACCCACCCAUGUUCUCUGCCUUCUGCCGUGCCCUAUUGCACUCUGCUGCUCUCAUGCCCCUACUUCUGUUCCCCCCUGCCCCCCGCAGCUGGCUGGACAACAACAGCAUUGAGGGCCCUCUGCCAUCCGCCAUCUGCUCGCUGCCCUGGCUGUGGCGCAUGUGGGCCUCUCAGCUCGCUAUAGCAAGCCUUUCUUCUAGCACCUGCGCCUGUCGUGUGACCCCCCCUUCUCCCCUUCCCCCCCUUCCCGCCCCCUUCCCUCCCCCCCCCCCCCCUCCCUUCUUCCGCCCCUCAACCCUGCAGCGACGGGAGCAGCAACAGCCUGUAUGGGUACGGGAGCCGCACCUUCAACAGCACGGUGGCGGGCAGCGAGGCGCUCAUGAACUAGGCUCACGGAUCAAAGGGCCAAGCACCAACCUGUGUCACCCUUCCCCCCCUGCUCCCCGCAGCGAUGUGAGCAACAACAGCCUGUACGGGCGCAUCAACCGCAACUUCAACAGCAUUGUGGCGGACGGCGACGCGCUCAUCAACCUCGCACACAACUUCUUCUACGGAGACGCCGUGCUCUUUGCCGAUGGCUGCCAGGUGUGCCCCGAGGAGAUCCCCCAGCGCAACCAACUGCAGCUCAGCGACAGCAGCUUGGGGGUGGCAGGGAAGUGCAGCGAUGCCGGCUUCUCUGCCCAGCGAGACCACUCGGUGGCGGGGGCAGGCAAGGGCGCCAGGGGGAGUCUCGCAGACAAUUGUCUGACGCUCAAAUCGGACAAAAAGUGCCCGUCGAACGCCACCCAGCGCAGCACGGCAGCCUGCCAGGCGUUCUGCAGCAUCACGGACAACGGCCCGUGUGACGGCCAUGGGGCGUGCGUGCCGCCUGCACCGGCCGCCCAGGCCAACUUCACAUGCAUGUGCGACGCCGGGUACUCCUCCGUGGACCUGGGCAAUGGCUCCACCUGCGCCAUACUCAACUCCACCACCACUGCUGGUGAGGCACCCUCACACAUGCAUGCACAGCCAUGUGGAGACUGGAGCCCAUGCUGUGCUCACAUCCUCCCCCUUCCUGCCCUUCCUGCCCUUCCUGCCCUUCCUGCCCUUCCUGCCCUUCCUGCCCUUCCUGCCCAUAGCGCAUCUCCAACUCCAUCUCCUCCAUUCCCCCCUCUUUUCCCCAUCCCCCCUGCUCUUUCCUUGGCAGUGUCGUCGCUGUCAACGGGUGCCAUCGUGGGCAUUGCUGUGGGGUGCUUUUCCGGGUUCAUUCUGCUCACUGCUGUGCUUGCCAGGCUACUGUGGCCCCGUCGACAAAGUAAGACUGCCACCAAUGCUCACAUGUCAUCCAUCCCAUUCUUGCACCUCUUUCCAGUCGCCUUGCCCCCCUCCCCCCCAUCGCACCCCCCGCCCCUCCUGCCUCCAUGCCUGCACUACAGCUCACCCACCUCUGCUCCCCUGCUCUGCCCACUCGCUCAAACCCCCCUUGAAACGCGUGUUGCUGCAUGGCCUCCCACCAAUUCACCCCUCCUCACCGUGCUGUGUUGGGGCACAGGGAAGUGGGAGGGGCUGGACCUGUGCGAGCAGUUCUCACUGCAGCAGCUGGUGAAGGCCACAGACAACUGGGCGCCUGAGAACGUGCGAGCCAUGGCAACGCUGCACCAUGUGAAUCUGGUGCGCCUGCUGGGCUUCUGCCAGGACCAGAACGUGGAGACGGGCAAGCAGGAGCAGAUCCUCGUGUGCGAGUUCGUGGCCAACCGAGACCUGCACCACCACAUCUACAAGACCAAGAGUCACUUCGGCAUUGUGCUUCUGGAGUUGCUGAGUGGAACGCCACCCAGCUCUCACCAUCGAACCCGUAUCAUUAUCUGG